AUUUGAGAGGAGUGAGGAAGGGACGGGCUCACAAGUGAGGUGCGAUUGUGUCACUGCUAUUAUGGGUGGCGACUGGCGCUGUAUGGAAAUGAGGGCAGGUAAGCCUCACCUGGAUUAGUAUCGUGGGCGGUUCAACACACUCUGCCGUGACUCGUUACCUGUCAAACGAGUCGUUUACAGUAGGAAACUCACCGCGCGUAUCGAAGUCUGCAGAGUAGAAAACGUCGUCCGUGGGUCGGACAUCCAACUCGGAUCGCCAGAUUUAAAGAGGCACAGUGCGCUAACCACCGCACCACCGCUCCGACCAGAGAUGGAGUCGGAUGCGAGCCGGAUGCUGGCGGCUGCAAUCCAGCAGGUGGAUGGGAUCAUAGCAGCUCAGUCGGAGCACACGGAGAAGGAGUUGGAGGACACGGGCGGCGGUGCCGGCAGCUGGGCGCUGGCGACCAGGAACGGCGGUGGCGAGGCGCAGGCCGUGGCGCCGUGGGACGGGCUGCAGGUGGUGCACCUCACGGAGGAGCUCUGCCAGCGGCUCGAGCGGCUGGGCAGCCAGGAGGAGCGGGAGGGCCUCCGCAGGCAGCUGCCCCCAGGCACCGUGAGGGCGCUGCUCGGCUGGCUGCACGCGAGCACGGUGCGGCAAGCGCGGGUACACGGCGCGGGUACACGGCGCGGGUACACGGCGCGGGGCGCCAACUGCCUGGUGAGACCGUACCCGGCUCGCGAGGACCGUCUGUCUCACGUCGAGAGCGACCAGGAAUCGCUCUCUCUGCAGGUGGGCGUGCUCACCGAGCAAGUCGAGGUGCAGAACGACAAGCUGCACGAGCUGGAGUCCACCGUGGUGGAGCAGCGCCAGCGCCUCUCGUCCACUGAGUCUCUGCUGCACGAGGGCAAUUCACGUUCAAACUUUGACUUUCAUCAACCAAGGGCGGCCAAGUCGCUGCCCCAACCCGCGAACCUCUGCAACGAGCGGGCGAACGCCUCCGGCGAAGCCCAGCCGCGUCUACGCGCGGAGGGCUCCUCCGAGUAA